AUGUUAUCCAGACAAUCCACCGGUAUUUUAAAAAAGACAUCCAACAUUCGUGUUUUGAGCAUGUUUACUAGAAACAAAGUUACAUUACCAGAACUAGAAUGGGAUUUUGCUGAUUUAGAGCCACAUAUCAGUGGGCAAAUUAAUGAAAUACACUACACAAAACAUCAUCAAACAUAUGUUAAUGGGUUUAACACUGGUUUGGAACAAAUGGCAGAAUUACAAGAAAAAUUAAAAAAGGAUCCAUCCCCAAGUAUUGCACGUGAAAUUAUUGAGUUGCAACAAAAUAUCAAAUUCCAUGGUGGUGGUUACACUAACCAUUGCUUAUUUUGGAAAAAUUUAACUCCAGAAAAGCAUGGCGGUGGUCAGUUACCAGAGGGUAGAUUGAAAGAUGCCAUUAUAAACCAAUAUGGAAGUUUAGAUUCUUUAAUUAAAUUAACUAACUCCAAAUUAGCAGGUGUGCAAGGUUCUGGCUGGGCUUUCAUUGUCAAGAACUUAGCUAACGGUGGAAAAUUGGAUGUUAUACAAACUUACAAUCAGGACACUGUCACUGGCUCGUUAAUUCCUUUAGUUGCUAUUGAUGCUUGGGAACAUGCAUACUACUUACAGUAUCAAAACCGUAAAGUUGACUAUUUCAAUGCUAUUUGGAAUGUCAUUAACUGGAAAGAGGCUGCGAAGAGAUUUGAACAAGAAAAAAUUAUUAUGUAA